CUUAUUUGCGGAAGUAACCCGAUCAACAAACGCAUCCUGUUGAGCAAACGCAGGAGGAGCAAAGACAUUACGCCGUGCUUAACACCACGUACGGAAAGCAUUCUGGAAGGACGCCCGCUCGCUCGCUCGUCUUGCUCGUGUCGACCGAUGCACACGCCGGUGAGCCCACCAAACGUUCAUCCUCACCGUCUCGCGAUAACGGUCUACGAACACGGUAUCGCGACGCCUUCCAUAAACCGUUGAGGUCGAAAGACCCGAGUGGGGACGUCUGAGGUGUCCGUGCCAAGGCCCUAUUUCUUGGUCGCGAUAGGUUCGCUGGGCGACUUCUUUGGCACGCUGAUUGGAUGGAAGAAAGCUGCAGAGAGAGUCAAGCCGAAUCGGGCCAGGCCUUGCCUCUCACAAGAGACUCCAGCAGACAGAACAUCAGCGUCGUGCAAGGUCAUGGCCCCAGGUUGUCAAAGAUCAACCUGUUCAGCUUGUUGAGUUUGUGGUUGGAGCUGUUCCCUCAGGAGCAACCAGAGGAGGACAACUGUCAGAUCCGCAGGGUGGGCCUCGUGGUGGUCCGGGACAGUAAGGUGGUUGGGCUCCACUAUAGUGGACAUGAGCUCCACGCAGGCCAGGCAGCCGUCAUCCAGCAUGCUGCCCGCCUGGCCGACUGUCAGCUGUAUUUCUCUCGGCGACCGUGUGCCACCUGCUUGAAGAUGAUCAUCAAUGCCGGAGUGAGUGAGAUCUCCUUCUGGCCCGGAGACCCCGAGGUAAGCAUGCUGAGAUGGGGAUCCCCCGCUCCUGCCGGCCCCAUCCCCGAAGAGGCCGCGCUGGACGCCGUGGCUACAGAGAAGCUCAAGUCCAACAGCCGCUCGCACAUCUGCUUGCUGCUGCAACCUCUGGCAACCGGCAUGGUGCACUUUGUGGGCGAGACAUCCAGAGAGUGUGAUUUCAUGGCACCGCUGACUGACGAUGACCCCGGCUCGAACACCGAGGAAAUCUUCCGCAGUGAAAAGGCGAAACACUUUGAGGAUUUCUCCAAACGCUUCCUGAUUGAAGACUCCCAUCAGCAUCGGGAGAUUUUGAACCAAAUGCACCUGGAGAACUUCUGCGUGGAGCCUUACUUUUCCAACCUCAGAGACAACAUGAAGGAGGUGGUGCAUGUUCUGGCUGCUGUGGUGGCUGGUGUUCCACGACGACACUCUGGAUUUCACCGCCGGGAACCCGCAGACCCAAAUGCAUUACUCGCCAGCUCAUCGCCGCCCCCUCAGCAUGAGGGAGUUUCCCAGGAAGUGGCCCGUCAUUGCAUCAUCCAAGCCAGACUACUCGCUUACAGAACAGAGGAUCCGAAAGUGGGCGUCGGCGCCGUUAUCUGGGCCAGCAGACAGUCGGCUGGCCUUGACAGACCCGGCCGUCUGUCCCUGGUGGGUUGCGGCUACAACGCUUACCCCGCGGGUUCGCAGUACGCGGAGUACCCGCUCCUGGAUGACAAACAGGAGGACCGAAAGCGCCGCAAGUACCGUUACAUUAUCCACGCCGAGCAGAAUGCCCUCACCUUCAGGACCCGCGAUAUCAACCCAGAAGAAGCCGCCAUGCUGUUUGUGACCAAAUGUCCAUGUGACGAGUGCGUCCCUCUGAUUCGAGGUGCCGGCAUCACGCACAUUUACACCACCGACCAGGACCGCGACAGGAACAAACGAGACAUUUCCUACCUCCAAUUCAGCAACUUGAAGGGAAUCCAAAAGUUCAUAUGGCAAAGGGACCCAAAAGUGUCACCCGUCACCAUCAUCAACGGUCACAAGCGCAGCAGGGAAGGGGCGCAGGAGAUGCACAACAUUAAAAAGCCUUGUCCAACUAGAUCGAACGACUUGCCCUUCGUCAGCUGAGGGUCAACCCCAGAACAGAGGAACUGAAUCUUCCAAAGAUUUGCAAAGACCGUAUUCCGUUUUGUCAGCAUAGACAUGAAAGUGACCACAUCAAGCCCAUCGUUAAGAAGCAGCGUUCAGUGCAAUUAUUUUUUAAGAUAACCCGAAUGUUUGUUGUGAUUAUUAUGGAAGUGGUUAAUUAUUUAACGCUUGUGGAACACAUGGUACCAAUUUGGGAUUUCUUAUUGUUUUGUUCCAUCAAAGACAAAGCAUUUUUAAAAAGCAACUACAGUGAUACCUCUACUUACGAACUUAAUUGCUUCCGCGGUCGGGUUUGUAAGGAGAAGCAACAUUUUCCAUAGGAAUCAAUGUGAAAGCAAAUAAUGCGUGACGGACUAUCCCAAAAGUCACGCUUUUUGCCCUAUUCUUCCAUGUAAAACAUCCCGAAAAACAAAAUAACACUUUUAUUCAAGCAUUUUCAAACCUUUAUGACAAAAACUAAAUGCCACUUUAUGUCUUGACCUCCUAACUUUGCUAAGGGCAAACAUUGUAGAGGGGGUUGGUGAGUUUUCCAACUGUGAGUGGUCAUUGAAAGCACCUGGCAAAGAGCACGAGUGAGAACUUAAAAAAAUGAAAAGGACCCUCGCUUCUCAAGAUAAAAAUAGACAAACACAAAAGUGUUCAAGUUUUUAUUUUAUUUUUAUUAUUUUAAUAUUUUAAUAUUUUAUAUUUAUUGUAUUAUGUUGAAAACCAGCUAAAAUAAAAGAAAAUAUAAUAUAUAAACUAAAGUAGGGGCUUUCUAGAAGGUUAAAAUCGUUAAUCAUAUUUACAGUACAACAACUUGUUUUUUGUCCCUAAACUUUAUAGAUGAGAAGAGGCAGAGUUCUUUGUGAAGUGAAGGAUGGUUUUGUCUUCAAAAAUCCACGUUUAUGAAUAAAGAAUUUACCCAGUACAA